GAUGCCCCGCGCCGGGCGCUGGUGCCGGCUGCUGCUGGCGCUGCUCUGGCUCCUGCCCUGCCCGGGCCGGGCCGACCCCGGGCUCUCGGCGGGCUCCUUCCUGCGGGACCUGCUCCAGCGGCACGGGGAGAGCGGGGCCCUGAGCCUGGCGCAGCUCCAGGCGCUCCUCACCCGCCUCGACGUGGGCCGGGGGCCCGGCAACGCCUCGGUGCCGCGGGGGAACCUGACCCGGUGCCUCAGCUCCGCCGAGCUCUUUGCCCUUCACAACCUGAGCGCGGGCUCGGCCGUGGGGCCCCGCGAGCUCCAGGGGCUCUGCCCCGCGAUCCUGCAGCAGUUGGAGAGCGGCGCCUGCGCCACCGGGACUGGAACCGGGACCGGGACUGGGAUCGGGAUCGGGACUGGGACUGGGACCGGUGCCACCGAGGGCGAGCAGGCGGAGGAGAGCAGGCCCAGCGCAGCUGAAGUCUGGGGGUUCGGGUUGCUCUGCGUCACCGUCAUCUCCCUCUGCUCGCUGGUGGGAGCCAGCGUCGUGCCCUUCAUGAGGAAGACCUUUUACAAGCGGCUGCUCCUCUACUUCAUAGCUCUGGCGAUUGGAACUCUCUACUCCAACGCCCUCUUCCAGCUCAUCCCCGAGGCGUUCGGGUUCAACCCGCAGGAGGAUCAUUACGUGUCCAAGUCGGCCGUGGUGUUCGGGGGCUUCUACCUCUUCUUCUUCACCGAGAAGGUGCUGAAGAUGCUGCUGAAGCAGAAGGACCAGCACCACCAUGGGCACAGCCACUACGGCCCCGAGGCUCUGCCCUCCAGGAAGGACCAGGAGGAGGGGGUGAUGGAGAAGCUGCAGAACGGGGACCUGGACCACAUGAUCCCCCCUGCAGGCAGUGAGCGGGAGGGCAGGAGCCCCCCCGGCGAUGAGAAGCUUGGGGGGGGCUCCCUCUCAGUCCAGGACCUGCAGGCCUCGCAGAGCCCCUGCUCCUGGCUGAAGGAGGUUCGCUACUCGGACAUCGGGACCCUGGCCUGGAUGAUCACCCUCAGCGACGGGCUCCACAACUUCAUCGACGGCCUGGCCAUCGGCGCCUCCUUCACCGUGUCCGUGUUCCAGGGCGUCAGCACCUCCGUGGCCAUCCUGUGCGAGGAGUUCCCGCACGAGCUGGGGGACUUUGUGAUCCUGCUCAACGCGGGCAUGAGCAUCCGCCAGGCGCUCUUCUUCAACUUCCUCUCGGCCUGCUGCUGCUACGCGGGGCUGGCCUGCGGCAUCCUGGCCGGCAGCCACUUCUCGCCCAACUGGAUCUUCGCCCUGGCGGGGGGGAUGUUCCUCUACAUCGCCCUGGCCGACAUGUUCCCGGAGAUGAACGAGGUGAGCCGGGAGGACGAGCACGGCGGGAGCGCGCUCAUCACCUUCGCCAUCCAGAACGCGGGGCUGCUCACGGGCUUCGCCAUCAUGGUGCUGCUCACCGUGUACUCCGGCCACAUCCGCAUCGGGUAGCGCCGGCGCCGCGCAGCCC